AUGGUGUUGGAGUCUUUUGGUCCAGUGGGAUUUAUGAAAAGUGCAAUCUCUUUGUCUGAGGAUGAAGAAUGGAAGAGAAUGCGAACAUUGCUGUCUCCAACCUUCACUAGCGGAAAGCUCAAGGAGAUGUUCUCCAUCAUUGGCCAGUAUGGAGAUGUGUUGGUGAGGAACCUGAGGAAGGAGGCAGAGAAAGGCAAGACCAUCAUCUUGAAAGACAUCUUUGGGGCCUACAGCAUGGAUGUGAUUACCAGCACAUCGUUUGGAGUGAACAUUGAUUCCCUCAACAACCCACAGGAUCCCUUUGUGGAAAAUACUAAGAAGCUCUUAAAAUUUGAUUUCCUUGAUCCAUUUUUCUUCUCAAUAUUACUAUUUCCAUUCCUUAUCCCAGUUUUUGAAAUAUUAAAUAUCUGGCUAUUUCCAAAACGUGUUACUGAUUUUUUCACAAAAUCUGUAAAAAGGAUGAAGGAAAGUCGCCUCAAAGAUAAACAAAAGCACCGAGUGGAUUUUCUUCAGCUGAUGAUUAACUCCCAGAAUUCCAAAGAAAUAGACACCCAUAAAGAAGUAGCUAGUGCAGGAUGA